UAGUCAAAGUCCAGAGCUACACGAGGAGUGUCGGUGUGGAAUAUUCAACCGUCCUCCGCUGAGAGGAGAGCUGCUGCGUCACGCUGCCAUCCGCCGCGCGCAUGCCGACACGCACGCGCCUCCUCCUCCUCUUCCUCAUUUCCGUGAUCUGCUGGAGUUGAGUUGCGCGUGCAGAGCAGAGCAGACGCAGGUCCGUUUCCACAGAGGGUUCAGAUUCUGAUCAGCACGAGCUUCGGGUCGGUUCGGGUCCAUUCUCCCGCUGCUGCUCAGAGGCAUGAGCCGAACCGGACCCGCUCCAGCUGCAGCCUGCAGAACCGGCUCUCUCUCCUGCUGAUGAAGAUGAUGAAGGUCCCGCUCCACGCGCUCCGGCGGCCCCGCGCGCAGCUCUAAGAUGACACCGGGACUCGGAGCGCGGAUCCACACCAACCCGGGGUAACACGACACAGACACGACAGGAAGCGGAAAGUUCGGGUCCAGAGAGACGGAGAGGGAGAGUCCGGGCGCAGAGCGCGCAGCGGCGGGGAGAGGAGAGGUCCAGUGAUGCUGCUGCCGCGGACCUCCGUCCGGUCCGCGCUCCUCAUCCUCCUCUUCCUCUUCAUCCUGCUGCAGACGCCGGGACGCUGCCACGCGGCCGCCCGGCACCGGGGCUCCGCUCCCCGGGCUGAGGCGCGCAGGGGCCUCCACAGCCUGGCGCAGCUGUCCGACCGGUACCGGAGCGGCCCGGUGGGCUUCAGCGGGCACGAAGCGGCGAGUGCGAAACGGCCGAGCCGGUCGAACCACGGUCGCCUCAGCGAUCAGAAGCACAAGGACAAGUUCAUCACACACAUGACAGGUCCUCUUUACUUCAAGCCUCAGUGCCGGAAACAGUUCCACCGCCUGUACAACCACACCAGGGACUGCACGGUCCCCGCCUUUUAUAAAAGAUGUGCUCGUCUGCUGACUCAACUGGCCAAAAGCCCUCGCUGUGCCGAGAGAUAAACAGACCGCGAGACGCCGGUGGACAGGAAGUGGUUUCCCCUACAGCCGGUGGACAGGAAGUGGUCACCGUACGCCAUGUUGGUUCCCUCUGAUCACCAGCAGUUGACGUCAUGAAGCCAAGAGAAACUUGAUGUCAAAGUUCAAACCGUUCAAAUCCAGCAACAAAGAACAGUCUCCACCGUUCAGAUGAACUCGUUCAGUUCUCUUCUCUCUCUCGGACACACAGACUCUCUGAAUCUUCCACCUCGCGCCUUAAACAGCUGAAAUGUUGAUUCCAGUUGAUCUCCAGAGCAACUGGAACCAGUGGCUUUACUGGUUUCUGAUGGACUGUCUGCUCUGGAAACAAACCUGGGACAUUUUUAUCAGAGUUUGACUUGUUUGGACGAUGGACCAGGAGCGGAGUUGAACCACUGAUGACCAAUGAACCUUCAGGGUUCAAAGGUCAUCAGUUCAUUAAAGUAAAGCUAUUCCAGUAUAUUUAUAUUGUUCAAACUGAAUCCCUCUGUGCAAUAUGUACAUACUGAAAGAGGAAUAAAGACACAUUUGAUACGUUU